AUGCGCCGUCAACUUUGAAAAUACCGCACCAACGGAAGAUUGAUAGACUUGCAUUCUAGAGCCAAUGUUAUGUAUUAUGCACUUUUAUAAAACUCAUGCUUGGAUUUCUGUGGUCAAUUUAAAAUAAAUUAAUAAAUAUAAUAUAAGCCGCGAUACGGCACCAUGAGUGAGCCGGUUGUCAUGAAAAUCGGAGUCAAUGUUGACAUUCAAAGAACGGAUGGCCGAAUCCACUCAGCCGUUAUCAGCGGCAUCAACAAGGAGACAAAAAGUGUUACUGUGGAGUGGUAUGAGAAGGGGGAGACAAAAGGGAAAGAGAUUGAAAUGGAUGCCAUUGCUACCCUAAAUCCUCAUUUGCUUGCUCCAGGCACAGAAGAUAGCACCACAGAAAACAGGGCACCUUCUAAGAUCCCAACCAAAAACAGUAGGCAAGAGGAAGCUAUGGAUGAAGAUGAUGACCCUCCCAGCAGUGCCAGCUCAGGCUGUUACCUUAACAGCAAUUCUGAAAACAUUCCUCAGCACAAAUCCCAGAUCAAACGUCCUGGCAAGAGAAGUGUUGCCAGUCGGGAUAAGAGAAGUAUGGCUCCUCCAGUAGAACCUCCUAAAGUUGUCCACAAAGCACCGUCUGCCAGAUCACGUCCAAGCUAUGCUGUUCCCCCAAAAUCUAAUUCCUCCUCUCAACAACAACAAAAUGGUCAACCAGAGCCUGCCCCAGCGACCUCAGACUCUAGGAAAUCUCUUGUCCCUACUUCCAAUAAUGCAGCUGCUAGAAGAAAAUCCAAUUGUGUAAAAGAAGUUGAAAAAAUCAAACAGAAAAGAGAUGAUCGUCGUGCUGCUCAUUUAGCCAUCAAAGAGCAAUACGAAAGUCAUUUUGACACCUCUGACCCCAACUGGGAGUUUUUAGCCAUGAUCAAAGAUUUUCGGAACAAUUUGGAUUACCGUCCCAUAACAGCGUCAGACCCUAUAGAAAAUCAUCAGAUCUGUGUUUGUGUGAGAAAGCGUCCUUUAAGCAAGAAAGAAAUGGGUAGAAAUGAAGCAGAUGUGAUUACAGUUCCAAAUAAAGAGCAUGUGAUUGUACAUGAGCCGAAGCUGAAAGUUGACCUUACAAAGUAUCUAGAGAAUCAGCAAUUCAGAUUUGAUUACGCUUUUGACGAGAAUGCCACAAAUGACAUAGUUUACAGAUACACAGCUCAGCCUUUGGUUGAAUGCAUAUUUGAGGGUGGAAUGGCCACUUGCUUUGCCUAUGGACAAACAGGAAGUGGGAAAACACAUACUAUGGGAGGUGAUUUUUACAGUAAAGGCCAACAGGACUGUUCUAAAGGAAUCUAUCUUUUAGCUGCUAAAGAUGUUUUUAAACUGUUGAACUCUAAAUAUAAAAAGUUGGAUCUUGUAGUUGGGGCUAGUUUCUUUGAAAUAUACAGUGGAAAGGUAUUUGAUCUUUUAAAUGAAAAAACUAAACUUCGAGUCUUGGAAGACCAUAAAAACCAAGUGCAAGUGGUGGGGUUAAGGGAGGAGUUGGUGACCAAUACAGACCAGGUUCUUCAGCUGAUUCAGCAUGGAAAUAACGUCAGAACAUCAGGACAGACAUCUGCCAAUCAGCACUCCUCAAGGUCACAUGCAGUCUUCCAGAUAAUUUUAAGACAAAGGAUAAAAAAUAAAAUUCAUGGGAAAUUCUCUCUAAUAGAUUUAGCAGGUAAUGAAAGAGGAGCUGAUACAUCAAGCUCAGACAGAAAUACAAGAAUGGAAGGCGCUGAGAUUAACAAAAGUUUAUUGGCUCUCAAGGAAUGUAUUCGAGCCUUGGGAAGGAAAGGAGCCCACCUGCCAUUCAGGGCCAGUAAAUUAACUCAAGUUUUAAGAGAUUCUUUCAUAGGGGACAAGUCCAGGACCUGCAUGAUCUCCAUGAUUUCUCCUGGCAUGAGUUGUUGUGAGCACACAUUGAACACACUGCGCUAUGCUGACAGAGUUAAGGAACUUGGACCUGGAGGCCCACCUGAAGGUAAACCCUCUGAUUUAGCUCAAGUCUACCCUGUGGAUGGUACAUCUCCUCAAAACUCAGAUUUGGCUCUUCUAAAAACGUCAAAUGCUGAGGAAGUAACAGAAGAGUUACUGACAUUCCACCAGGCUUUAAACAAGAUGCAGGAGAUGGAGGAGGUCCUUGUUGACGAAUACAAAGCCUACUUAGAAGAAUCUCAAAAAUGGGUUCUGGAAGAUAAACGACUGGUGAAAAUGACAGACAAUGUAGAAUACGAUGUAGAAGAAUUUGCUAAACAACUUGAUGCAUACUUAGCCAGGCGACAUGAAGCAAUUAGUUCUCUCAGAGCUAAAGUUGCCACUUUUCGCCAAGAAAUACAAGAAGAAGAAACUCUCAGUAAAAAUAUCAAAAGUUCCAACACAAACAAGCGCAAGUAGAUGACAAGACAACUGAACGUCUUGGACUCAAGUCUUUUUUUUUUCACAUCCCUCCAACACUGGACUGCUGUUUUAUUGUACAUAGCUUACGGGGUGAGGGGGGGGUUGUCUACGGUAUCAAAGUGUCAGCUGUUCCACUGUCAAUUUAUUUUUGUACAUUACAAAUAUGCAUGGCCAAUAACAAUAGUUUAAGUGCUGGCUUCUCUUACUCUAGUAGGAUGUUGUUUUUUUUUUUGUGUUUUUUUAUAAUAUAUAAAUAUAUAUUUAAUGCUGACAUUUUCUCUAAAUAAGAUGGUUGAUUAUCUGCGUUGUGCUUUGUUUGAAUGAGUUAUUCGACCAUUUUGGUCUCUGUAUAGAGAGUGGACCAACCGAAAACUUGCAUCACACUCACCGGAAGGUGUCCACUUAGAUCUGCUUCGUUUCCUGUAUCCUGAUGUAUCAACAGCCUCAGCGGCUGAAUUUAAAACCAUGUCCUAACUGGGCAGGGGUUAGUUAUGAUUAUAAUAGAGUAGAGGUUCGCACGGUACUCACAUCACAUCUAGAGACUGAAUCUAUUUGUACACUAAUUGUAUACACCAAGGGUGUUAUUCAUUUUGUUUUUAAAAUGAUCCCAUUCCAUAAUAAAGCUAUCAUUGAUAUUCACCGGGAGUGUAAAGUGUCACUGUGUUAGCGAUGAGUGGCCCGUCUAUGUGUGGAAAAGGUACAAUAAAGACGUACAUAAAAUGGCUAACAUUUGGGCUUUCAUUCAAAGUUCAUUUUGCUGUUAAUGAAUGUUGCACUAAUAAUAAAGCAAAUCUUCAACUGA